CUGUCCGGCUCCGGCGAUGAGAACAAUAAGCGAGAGAUGGCUGAGCGCAUCUCGGAUUGAUAAAUGGGAAACACGAGGAGACUAAUGUAACGCAGUGUUUGCAGAAAGGAGGGACUCCAGGCUGCACCCCCCCCCCCUCUCUCUCUCUCUCUCUCUCUCUCGCUCUCUCCCUCCCCAGCCCUCAACCAUGUCGCUUGUAUUCCGUACGUUGUUGUUCGGCUUCGUAACGCUGCUGGCUGUGGUUUUGAUCAUUGAUGAUGUCGCAGAAGUGGAGGAAGAAACACCAAAUACCGGACAUUCAGAGAAGAUGAAGUUACAUCGGCUCAUCCCUAAACCGCACAGAAAGGCUGCAGCGCACGUGGAUCCGACGGCUCCGACAAGACCGAGCAAAGAUUCAAAUCAUUCCAGUUCAAGCUACAAUAACACUGCCGACAACUGGAUCUUCAACAAGACCCUCUCCAACCUCAUCAGAAAGAAUAUUCUGAGGUUUCUCGAUCCGGAGAGGGACAUCUCGAUUCUAAAGGGCACACUGAAACCAGGAGAUAUCAUCCACUAUGUGUUUGAUCCCCACAGCACCACUAACAUCUCAGAAAAUCUAUAUCGUCUUUUGCCGACUAUAUCGCCCAUGAAGAACCAACAUCACAGACGUUGUGCCAUUGUGGGAAACUCUGGGAUUCUACUGAACAGCAGCUGUGGACCCGACAUCGACUCGCAUGACUUUGUUAUCAGGUGUAACCUAGCACCAGUGGAGGACUUCUCUCGGGACGUGGGGCGGCGGACCAACUUGGUGACCAUGAACCCUUCGGUAGUGCAGCGUGCCUUCCAGGACCUGGUCAGCGACGAGUGGAGGGACCGGUUCCUGCGGCGGCUGCAAAGCCUCAGCGGCAGCGUGCUGUGGAUUCCGGCCUUCAUGGCCAAGGGGGGAGAGGAGCGCGUGGAGUGGGCCCUUCGCCUCAUCCUGUCGCACACCGUGGACGUACGCACCGCCUUCCCCUCGCUGCGCCUUCUCCACGCCGUCAGAGGGUAUUGGUUAACCAACAAUGUCCACAUAAAACGUCCCACCACUGGGCUCCUCAUGUACACGAUGGCCACUCGCUUCUGUGAAGAAAUCCAUCUUUACGGCUUCUGGCCCUUCCGGCACGACCCGCAGGGAAAACCGGCCAAGUACCACUACUACGACACUCUGAAGUACGAGUACACGUCCAGCUCCAGUCCUCACACCAUGCCUUUGGAAUUCAGGACGCUGAGCGCGUUGCACAGACAGGGGGCGCUCCGGCUCCACACUGACACCUGUGGCUGAGAGAGGAGGCCGCAGAAGGAGCAGCAGAGCAACCAACUCGAAGGAUCACCGCGGAAACCACUUGGGGCGGACUUCACACAAACCAUCUUCUCGUAACCGUACUUUUAUGAAACUUGAAUUAACUUAUUUUCGGCAACUGGAAAAGUAAAUGAACUUUUUCUAUUUCAAGCUCUUUUAGUGACUUGUUUAACUGGUGUAUUUUACCUUUUUAAUUAGAUUUCUAUGGCAGCCUUUACAAUAAUGAGGCCCUUUUUUACACGGAGAUACUCUCAUCUCUUAGCCCUUUAUUUUACUGAAAUGGACCACUCUAAAAGUUUCAUUGACUUUAUAACAUGUUUCCAGUAUGGUUAAGUAGGACACAUUUUUAGAUGCUGUUAAUCAACGAUACAUUUGUGAACAGGGCUGUAUUACAGGUGCGUUGUUAUUCAUCCAGCAUGUCAACGUCACAAAGAGCAGCUCAAUUAUUGGCUCCUGUGAGACACUUAUUGGGCUACAAAAUGUGAGCACUUAAUAAUCAGGGAGAACAAUUGUUGGUCAAUAUUUGUUUGACAUGACGUUCCACUGACGUGAAAAGUUUUCUUUGUCAGAGAACAUUUUACGCUUUUGUAUAUUCUUUUCUAUAUUCUUAUAAGGUCCCCGGUGUAAAACAGGUUAUUCAGAAGCAAAAAAUUCCAAAGGUCAAGUCAACCAGAGCUGCCAAGUGAUAAGGUUAGUUACCCUGAGAGCCGAAUGAAGGAACGGAGGCACCAGCUGUUCACAUAGGAAUGUUUGCAGAGUCAGGCGGAUGUAAACUCACAAUGUGAACUUUUCUCAAAGAAUACCAGCUCUUCUCCUGCACCACUGCACUAGACUGAGGUCAGGUUGUAGCCAUGUUUUGGUAGUAAGAAGAGCUUAGCUUUUUUUUCAAAUGAAAUGAAUGUAUUGGUGGUAAAAGCUGUAAGAAAUUAACCUCAUAAUGUGCUUUAAAUGAAUUUAUAGUUGAAGUUAGGAGACGUUUCAGCAGUAGAGACCGAUAACGCGUAUGCCUUUAUCUAUUUAAAAUGACGUAUGAGUUAUACUUCUGUAGAGAGUUUGGGUUAGUACUUCAACCAAUAAAGGUUGAUGCAGAUGUUUGUGGAUUUUUAUUGUAUUUUGUGCCCAUAAUAAUGAUAUUAAUAAUCAAUAAAUUAAACCAUUGUACCAUUCACAAUCCCAGAAAUAAAAUGUUUAUUCAAGUCAUUCUUAACAUGAUGAAACAGAUGGAAAAAGUCACAUGACUGUCUCAAUAAUGUCACUUAGUAAUAACAGACACAAAAUAUCUAU